UCUCUUUUUUCCGCCCAACUCAGCCGACUUACGAGCUUAUCACUACCGUUGAGUGAGGAUCUCAAGGACCGUAUCUGCAAGCUGGCUACCUCGGCAGACAUGUGUGACGCGCUCAUGAGCGCGGGGAGCCAGAUCGGCCGAUGGAUCGAUACCGCGAAAAAGGUACUGACGGGUCUCGACGCCGAGGAUGAUGUCGAAUGGGCAGCUCAGGGACGGGAAUCGCUCAACGAGGUCGAUAUCGCCGUACGGAAGUUUUCGGGUCUCAUCAACGUCUACGUCGAGCUUAUCGAUGAGCUACAACGUCGGCCCGAUAGCGAUGAACUCGACUCUCAGACCCUUGUGGAUCUCGUCAGCACCACCGAGGCCACCGUCGACGGAUGGCGAUCGAUCGAGGAACUGCUCAAGGGCGUUAAGGACCAGGUGGAGACCGCCAUGGAGUGGACCGAGUUGUGGACGACCAUACUUCAGGACAUACAAGCCGAACUGGAUGCGUGCCAGACUUUGGUGUUCGAGCUCGAGGAGAAGCGACAUCGGUCGAUGAUGGGUGAGAACGGGGCGCCAGCAGCAGGAGGGUCGGUGGAUAUCGACACGCUGGAGACCAUCAUGGAGGAGAACCCCGGAAUGUUCCCCGUAGCCAACGGCAAGACGGCCACAGAGAUCGAGGACAGCUCGCUGCUCGGCCUGUUCGCCAGGAUGCAGCCGAUAUCUUCCCCACGGCAAUGCGACGAGCUGGAAUCGAGGCGGAAGCAGUUGGAACGGAAGUGGAAGAAGCUGAACGGCGACGCCGAUAGCCUUAAGAAGGAAUUGGGCGAGGAUAGGUGGGUCGCCAUCUUCCGCAAUGCUGGCAAGCAGGCGACACAGAUGCUCGAUUCGAUAGACAGGAGCAUGCACAAACUCAAGGAAUCGGUGAUUGCGUGGGAAGAGAGCGGUGGAAGUGCAAUCCAACGGACGUUCUCGAUCAUCGGCAAGGGAAUCAAUGAUCGAUUUACCGUCAACGGCGAGAUCAUCCGACUCGAUGCGUCGCUGCGGAUGCGCUGGCGAUACCUCGAGGACCAGAUGGGAGAGCUCGAUCAGACGCUCUUGGACCUACAAUUGGACACGCAAGCGUUGCGCGACUCCAUCUCCUCGCUUGCGUCCCUCGAUAUCACUUCGGGCAGAAACACCCCCGGUAGCUCUCCGGCAAGUUCGGUCCAGCUCAAUCCUUCAAAACCUCGAGGCCAAGAACGCAAACGGUCUCCCGCUCCGAUACGACGUCCCGGGAGCUCUAUCGGUGGAAGCCCUGCUAGGCGCAGUGGCCGCCACUCGUCCGCCUCGUCUACGCCACCAACAUCGCCGUGGGGAAAUUCAAAUCCCUACUCCUCAAUGUCGAUGGGCCGCUCCAUCUCGAGUCCCAGCGCUGCUGGCUCAUACGCUUCGUAUGCGUCGUACGCCUCGUCUCGUACCAACAAAGUGGAGGACGGCUCGAUCGGCCACAACUUCAAGCCGCUGACGCUCACGACACCCUCUCCGUACCGCAAGGUGGCACCUCCUACGGCCGCCAGCCGUCGCAACUCGUCGUCGCUCGGAUCACGAAUCCCGAUGCCGAGCCCACUCAGUCAGGAAAACACGCCAUCGCCUGGGUCGCCCAACCCCCGCCUACGACACCAAGCUAGCUCCGGCAGACUUCGCCAGGGAACGCCCACGCCGUUCGAUUCGAACGACCACCACCACCCUAGCACGCCGGGAAGUCCAAGCAUAAAUGUGCGUCCCGCUAGCGCCAUGGCUAGCGGUCGUCUCAGCAGUGCCAGCGGCCGCAGGAGCAGCAUGUUGCCGAGACCAACGUCACCCGGGAGCAAGAGGAUGAGCCUGCCGUUCGGAGCGAUCAUGGGACCGGAUGGGAAGCCGAGGUGGAGACAUUAAUUCAGUGAAAGCUUUUUUAUUCUUUUUCAUUUUUUUUCUUUUCGAUAUAUUCCUUUUCUGCGAUACCAUUUCACGGGGUUUUUGUAUUUUUUCUUUUUUAUGCUGUUCCACUCCGUUUUUUUUUUACCGGAAGACCAAACUCAUUUUUUCUUGUAACAUUAACUUUUUUUUUCUCUCCCCCCUCCUAUCUAACUAUAGCUGGCUUCGGGUGUGGCGGGGGAGUUUCAUCUCCAUCUUUUUAACUAUUUGCUUUCUAGGGAUUCAUGUUUUUUUUUUGCUUGCUUGCUUGCUUGCUUGCUUGUGAGGAUGGCGGGCGGUGCGGGUGCGGGG